CGUUACGUUUUCCUAAUUUUUCUAUUUCUCUGGAACGACAUUUUUGCAAUCUAGGAAAAGCAAAUUGAAGGUUUUGUUCAGAUCUACAAAACGUUUUUUAAAGCUGCCUGCCUACGAUCUCAACUAAAGUGAAGUGAGAAGUGACACAAACUUUAUUAAAUCCUUGAGCCGAGGAUAAUGCAUUUUAAAGCAAAGAUGCUUAGUUUGAAGGUGUAAUAGUACAACUCAUUGUUUAAAUUUACAUUAAUAUAUGUUGUUAAAGCUAGAAUCACUCUUGUAAAAAGUGUGUAAACAAUAUACAUGAAGAGACAAAUUACUACAUGUUAGUACAGAAAAAGAAAAAAUAUAAAUAAUUAAUUAUAAAAAAUGUAAAAAUUUCAGGCCAAAACUGAAGCAAAAGAAAGUUUAACUGCCCAACAGAGAUAUCCCCCAUGUUUCAAUGGGGUAAUCAAUAACAUUAACGGUCUGAAGUUGAUAUGGGAACGACUUGAACAAAUGGGUUUUCAAUAUUUGCUAACGAGGAAGCUAAAUCAAGAUCCACUAGAGAAUGCCUUCUCUUCGGUGCGGCGAUCGUGUGGUUCCGAUGACUGCCCGAGUGCACGUAAAUUUGGGAUUGCUGUGAAAUAUUUUACUGCACGGAGAACUUUAGAUUGCAUAAAUGGAGCCAAUUGCGAGUUAGACGAUGAAGAUGCCGAAGAAUUAUCAUCAAUGGUAGAACCAUCGAGUGAAGAAUCGUCAAGGCCAGACCCAAAAUACACUGUUGAUGGCAAUUCAGUGUACAUCGUUAACGAAGAAACGGAACAUUUUGAUUCGUCAAAGCGUACUCUAUUUGAAGCAGAUCCUCUAGAAACUUUUUGUGAUUAUGUGGCUUAUCCCUUUCUUACACUCGAACCUAAUGCUGAGCUACCGAACAUCCCAACUUUAAACGGACUGAAUUAUAUUCUGGGGUAUGCAGCAUCCAAAUUGCGACACCGCAAAUGUAAACGAAAACUGAGCCUCAAGCAUAAAAGCGAAGGUAUUCUGCAACACGAAUCAUACUUAUUCUGUAGGCUCAAGAAGUUCUUGAAUGCGAGAGGUUUCAAUUUUCCAAAUGAGGUAGCAGUCGAAAUAGGUUUGACUUUGAUUAUGGCAUUCAAUGAGAAAUUUUUUGAAUUCUUGAAUCAGUCUAAAGUAGGAGUUAAGCGAAGGUUAAAAGAAUAUGUUUGUUUUGAUCUGUACAAGAACAUAACAUGUCGAUCAUGUUUGGAAAAGUUUUUGAACACCAUACUUAAUACUCUAUUUAAGGCUAAAACCGCGCAGCUUAUUAGUAAAUAUAAGAAGAGGAAUCUUUUGAGCCGUCGAGGCAAACUGCGGCGGAUGGGUCUUAAGGAAAAGAACUCUCGAACAUUACCACGAAAGAAAGUAAAGCAAUCUUGA